AUGGCCAUGAGUGAGUCGGAGAAAGCAUUCUGGCAAUGCAAUCGGGACUCCGAAUUCCGGAAGCACGUCGAGGAAGCAGCAAAGCUCGAACCAGAGUGUCCAGACGGCGAUCCGAGUCCGUGCUCUGUGCUCUGUGCUGCGCUCAGAAUCGCAGGCUCUGACUUCAGAUCUGCUGUUUUGUCAGCCCCGGCCGUCGAUUCGCAUGCAGCACUACGUCCCAGUCGCCGUCCUUUUCUGAAGCCUGUCGGGAUACGGGGCCGCACCCUCUACUUGUCGGAUGCUCACUCUCCCUUUUGUCGGCUCGCUCACUUUCGUAGAUGUCGGGAACCAGGACAGAAGAAUCUGCAUUUGCAGCGACGACUCGUCGAUACUUCUCUCGUUGCUGCCCUCCUCCCUCUGAACGAGCCCCGACAUGCCGAAGCUCGUCCCGUACAGUAUUUCUCAGGCAGUGUCCUCCUUGUGGAAAAUGACGCUGACGAGAUGUGGCGCAUUUCGAUCAGCUGGACUCGGUCGAUGGCAUCGAGAUGCGAGUUCUUUCUCUCAUCCUGUGGUGCAGGAAGUCACCAACGUCCGGCGAAGCAUUUACGUGCACGGUCUCGAGGCGACCUUAGAACGUGCUCCCUGCUCUCUGAUGCAAAUCCAUGGCACUGA